AUGGUUCAUUUCAAGAAUAGGUACAUGGUGGUGGAGGUCUUUAUAGAUGCAGCUAGAGGUGAACAGGACCUUGUAAUCCUCACCCAAUUUAAUAUAACAAAAGUUAUAAGAGACAGCAUUCAGCUCAACUUUGGGGAGUGUGGCCUAGCUGGAUCUCUUGGAUCAUUGCAAGUUAAGUAUGUUAAUCCUGUAACAAAGCUCUGCAUUGUUCGUGUGUCACGUGAAGACCACCAGAAAGUUUGGGCUGCUAUGGCAAUGGUGAGGUGCAUUGGGAAGAUCCCUGUUUCAUUCAACUUGCUCGACAUGAGUGGAAGCACCAGGGCUUGCAAGAAAGCUGCACUGGAGUGUGAUGAAGCGAAAUUUGAACAAUACAAGGUGGCUACUGGUGAUCGUAUCACGGCAGAUAUCAUCCAGUCCGUAGAGAGCUGCUUUGAGAAGAUUAGAGUACUAGAGAGCUAG